AUGGAGUGCGCGGAGGAGGAUGAUUACGGCAAUGCCGCACUGCCGGAUGAUAUGUCUUGUGCCGUCCUAUCCCCCACGUCUGUGUUCUGUGUGCCACACUCCCAAUCCCGGUCAACAUGCAGCCAUCGCAAGUGCGCAGACACCUUCGCGAGGCUGAUACUAGCCUGCGGACAGAAGGUCACUGGGCAGACGCUACAGAAUCUCGAGGACAAGACACCGUGGAUAAUGCACGGGACGACAUCCGACUUGCUAGUCAACACUACACACCACUCGUGA